CUUUUCUCGCAGAAACAUUCCGAAUGGAACGUAUCCGAUUGAGAACCUGAUAGACGGUGCUAUAGGUUCCCGGGAAACAACAGGCACAGCCAUCCCAGGCUGCUCUAUUUCUAUCGCAUGUCCAAUUCUACGAGAAGGGUCUGGACCAAGGAUUUCAGAAAUAUAGAGUCUUCUUCAAUACGUUCCUUAAUUCAUCAACGGGAGUCACUGGAUCUGUAGUUCUUAC